AUGAUGUGUGUGCUCUUCCAAUUCUUUGAUCCCAUGCAUCAUUGCUUUAACUUUCCUGACUACCAAUUGGUGCCUACAUUAGAAGAAUUCUCUCAACUGUUAGGAGUUCCUGUGCUCGACCAAAUACCAUUCACCGGUUUAGAGGAGACUCCAAAGCCUGAAGUUAUUUCCGAAUCCUUGCAUUUGAAGAGAUCUGAUGUCAUAACAAAUUGGGAGACAAGAAGUGGAGUUAAGGGUUUCUUAGCCAAGUUUCUGUUGGAGAAGGCUCAUUCUUUCUGGGAGGAUAUGGACUUUCAAGCUUUUGAAGAUGUCUUUGCCCUUCUAAUCUAUGGUUUGGUUCUAUUUCCAAAUCCGGACCAACUCGUAGAUGUGAAUUCUAUCAAGGCUCUGGCUAAAGGACAAGAGGACCUGAAGGCUCUCAUGAUCAAAGACAAGAAGAAGAAAAUGAAGAAAACGGUAGGUGUCCUAAACAUGGGAAGGAGGUUCAGAGGACCGGCCAAGCGAGCUCUAGAUUUCGCAACCUCGCCGGGUGAAGGAGAUAAUCAUGAAGAAAAGAACAAGGAAGGAAAUGACAUCCCAGAGUCUGAGGAAGAUGAAGCUGACUACUCUAAAGAACAAUAUCCUCCUACUGAUGAUAAAUACAAAUAA